GAGGCAGCUGAGGCGGCCGGACUUCCGGCGUUGCCCUCGAGGUGCUCCUUCUGCCGCGGGGGUUCGGGACGGCUAUCUCCAGAGCUGCGCGGCGGGCCGGUUUCCUUUAGAGGCCGCUCGGCGGAGGACUGGGGCGGGACCCCCGUCGCGCUGUGCACGCGCUGUGACUCCCGGGGCCGACCCCUCUUCCUGAGACGCGGCGUUGCCCCCGGCGGGACGGGCGCCGGAGGGUGUGGGCCUCCCACAGGGGCUUCCUGGUCCUUGGGCACAUUUUCGCCCUAGCUUCGAAGGUUCCACGGCCGGCCGGAGGUUCCUGCGCCCAAAGCGGGGUGGCAGCUACGGAGUUCAGCCGAAGAGGCCGAAAUUCGGCGCCUGCCGCGGCCAUGCUCCGCCCACAGCUUCCUUUGGCCGGGGAGGCGCCGGGCUUGGUGACCUUUGAGGAUGUGGCUGUGUAUUUCUCCCGGGAGGAGUGGGGGCUCCUUAAUCUGACCCAGAGGAGCCUGUACCGUGAUGUGAUGCUAGAGAACUUUGCACUUAUUGGCUCGCUGGGAUUUGCACCUUCAAGGUCCCAUGUGGUUGCCCAGCUGGAGAGUGAAGAAGACCUCUGGAUGCCCAACAUGGUGGACUUGACACUGGGCAGCAGAGCAGAGGCCAGGAGGGGUCCUGGUCCUGGUUGUCCAUGUAGACUGGAGGAUGAGGAAGCCUCUCCAGAGCAGAUCAAGAGCUACAAAGUCUACCUAUCAGAGAAGCCCCUUCUGUGUGGGGAGUCUGGAAAGGACGUCCCUACCACCUUAGGCCUCCUCCAGCACCAGGCCACCCACAGCAAGGAGAAGCUACACAAGAGCACCAAGCCUGGGGAGGCCUUCCAACCCAGCUCCAAUUGCCAGCAGCAGCAGGGCCUCCACACCACACAGAAGGCCUUCAAGUGCAGUGACUGUGGGAAAGCCUUCCUGAAGGCUUUUGCACUCCUCGACCAUCUGAUAACUCACCCCAAAGAGAGACCCUUUAGAUGCCUGAAAGGUGGAAAUGCCCCCAAGGACAAAUCCACCCAUGUUAAUUACCAAAAAAUUCACACUGGAGAAACAUCCCAUGUGUGUAAUGAGUGUGGAAAGGUCUUCAGUUAUCCAUCUAAACUGAGGAAGCACCAGAAGGUUCACACAGGCAUAAAACCUUUCAAGUGUGAUGAGUGUGGCAAAACCUUCAACCGUAAAGAUGCACUUGUUCUGCACCAGAGAAUUCACACUGGAGAAAGGCCUUAUGAGUGCAGUGAAUGUGGGAAAGCCUUCAGUGUUCUGUCUACUCUCAUUCGGCACCGGAAAGUUCACAUUGGAGAAAGGCCCUAUGAGUGCAGGGAAUGUGGGAAGUUCUUUAAAUACAACCAUAGCUUCAUUCUUCACCAGAGAGUUCACACUGGAGAAAGGCCUUAUGAGUGCAAGCAAUGUGGGAAAACUUAUGUGACCCGCUCUGGCCUGUAUCAGCACUGGAAAGUUCACACUGGAGAACGGCCCUAUGAGUGCAGCCUGUGUGGGAAGACCUUUACCACCAGGUCCUACCGCAAUCGGCACCAGCAGUUCCACACUGAAGAGAGAUCCUAUGAAUGUACAGAAUGUGGGAAAGCCUUCAAACACAGUUCUACCCUCCUUCAGCACAAGAAAGUCCACACUGGAGAAAGGCCAUAAGAAGACGGGAUGUUGGAAAGCCUGUAGCCAGGGCUGGGCACCUUGUUCAACAUGAAAGCCCUCACUCCAGAAAGGAGAUUGAGGAGCGUAGCCAUUUGAGAGCUAAACCUAGCAUACCCCAAUAUGUGCCCUGGGGCGGCAGGCGUGUAGGAAGCUUUCAGGAGCUAGGUUGCACUCCAACCUGCCGAGGUUGUUGGCAGUGUUAAGUCACUGCUGGUUUCUGUGAUAGAAGCCAUCCUACUUCCUCCACCUGGCAGGUGCUCAAGAUGUGCAUCAUUCAUCUCAACGUGCUCUGGAACAGCAGACCUCCUUAGUCCCCACUCUGUACAGGAAAGAAUUAUGAGUGGUAAACCCAGAAUGGGCCUCAUUCCCCCCCUCCAACUGGUUUAGGUAUGUCUGUGACCAGGCUCUGGUCAAGAGUAGCUGAGCUGUGUCUACCGGGGGCUUCUAGAGAAAGUUAAUCAUUUCCAUGGACACGGUUGACACUACACAUGGUACCUGUUAUGGAUUUACCCACCCCUGGAACUGACUGUCUCACACGUCCCUGGAAUGUAUGGUAAUAAAAGCUUUAUUGUUUAAGCCACUUUUAA